UUUGUGUUCACAACCGUGUGGCAGUCAUUUUGAAAAUUUAUUUUUUCGACAAUGCAUUUCAUUGUCCGCGCAGCUAUAUGUAUUGCUCUAGUACACUGUAUGGAGAUGAAUUGGAAGACGUAUAAAGGAAUGGAAUAUGCUUUGGUAACAACUCAAAUGACAUGGAUCGAAGCACAGCGAUAUUGUUCCAAGUAUGGAGGUGUACUAGCUCAGCCAGAAAAUGCAGAUAUCAACAAAUAUCUUAAGUCUCUGACUGACAUGAAAACUUGGCUGUGGAUUGGUGCAAGCAAUCUACCCGACAAGAAGACAUGGGAGUGGCAUAACCCACUAAAAGCAAUUACGUUUUCAGACUGGCAAAGUAGUCAACCUAAUGCUCAUUCUACUGAAAAUUGUAUGCUAUACUGGAAAUCGAGUGAAGGUUACAAAUGGGGCGACUACUAUUGUAAUAGGAAAUAUGGAUUUAUAUGUCAAAGAAAGGACAGCAACUGCAAUUGCAAGAAGCCAAGACAUGGCAACGAAUGUGAGGACAAGAUACCAUCAAAUCAAAAAUGCAUGACAAUCUGUCUUUAAAUUAAAAGUCAUCAUUCAAAGAUAAUGUCUUCAGUCUCUUUACAUUUUGUUCUAUUUUGCA